AUGCGCCACGCCAUCCACACCUGGCGUCUUUCAACAUUAUUCUGCAUUCUAUUCCCAGUGGUCGUUGUGAAAUCGAGUUUCCAGGGCAGCGAAUUUCUUUUAGCCUUUCCAAGCUCCAGACCAACAAAUUCUUCCUUCCAGCAGAGGCUUUCUCUUGCCAACUCCGACGAAGUGCUUGUCACUGUAAACGUGACAUUAGUGAAGAACUUGACCGCACUUUGGUUCGGGCAGAUAUCGCUGGGUGUUGGGCAAGGCUGCUUCAGUGAUUGCUUCAACGAGUCUCUGGCGAGCAGUUCCUCUCGUCUAGGUGGAGUCCUCGCCAGGAUUAGUUCCUCUGGAAGAAUCGUUGUACUGGCACACUCAGUCUCUGCCGGCUCCGACUACGACAGUUUUCUUGCUGUACCAACGGCCAAUUUGUCCCAGACCUACAAAGCUCUGGCAGAGUGCCCCAGCGGUUCGUGUCUGCUUGUCGUGGCAAGCGCUGCAGCAAAAGUCAAUGUGACAAUCACUUUCUGCCUUUCCUCCAAGAACAAGACCCCCCUGGCAUCUUUUUCGUACAACAAAACAUACUUUAACGGAAGUUCGCUGACGGUUACUUUAAACUCUUGGGAUACGCUGGAAAUUAUAACUGAUAGCGUUAACUUGAGCGGUAGCGUUAUUCAGAGCUCAGGAAAGGUCGCCGUCUUCUCAGGAACACUCACUCUGUCCAACAAUGUCAUCAAUGACUUUAACAUCGAACAAGUCGCCCCUACCAAUCUGCUUGGUACCGAAUACGUUGUAGUCGAUUGCCCGACGCCCGGGUCGUCUACUGAUGUCAAGAUUGUUUACACUGAAUCUAAUACAUCGUUAAACAUCGAUACCAAUGUUUUGACUUUGAAAACCAACAAUGACUGUAUCGAAUACUAUUCAUUCAAACAACACGGAGCAGCCGUCAUAAAGUCCAAUAAACCAGUUAUAGUCCAGUUAAUGUACUCGGGUGAUAACCUCGUAAUGACCCCAACACAAAAUUGGGGCUCCUACUACGUCACUGUGCCCAGUUCACCAUGUAAGGUAAUACUUACAACCAGAUCUAAUUGCAGUAGUGGUUUUAGCUUCAACGGUGUAUUAGAGAAUGGUUUAUCUUGGACGCCAAUAGGGGAUGGCUCGUUUAAAUUUGCUGUUAAGGCUUUAUCGGAAUAUGGAACUUGGGUAAAUAUCAGUGUGAUUAACUGCACUUUUUCCGGUAUUGUGAAUUCUCCUUUAAAGUCAAGCAUGUUAUGGUCAUUAGGCUGGGGUCCUGAUUAUGUGCCUCCAAGUUUAACUACUACCAGCACAACGGCAGCACAGACAAGCAUUACUCGGGUGUCGACUGCUGGGGCAGCAUCAACAACAAAAGCCCCGACGUCUACAACGACAGUUGCAAGCUCCACUUCUCAAACAGACUCUACAACUACUACAAUUAGUUUAACAACAUCAUCUAACACUACAUCAACGACUUCAUCAACUAAUGACUUAACCACCACAUCACCCGAUACCACAUCAACCUCAACAUCACCCAAUACCACAUCAACUUCAACAUUCGCCAAUACCACAUCAACUACCACAUCACGCAAUACCACAUCAACUACCACAUCACCCAAUACCACAUCAUCUACCGUAUCACCCAAUACCACAUCAACUACCGUAUCACCCAAUACCACAUCAACUACCACAACACCCAAUACCACAUCAACUACCGUAUCACCCAAUACCACAUCAACUACAACAUCACCCAAUACCACAUCAACUACAACAUCACCCAAUACCACAUCAACUACAACAUCAUCCAAUACAACAUCAACUACCGCAUCAACAACAUCACCCACUUCCAAAUCAAUAUCAACGUUAACCAAUACCACAUCAACAUCACCCAAUAGCGCAUCAACCACAACAUCUCCCAAUACCACAUCAACCACAACACCAUCCAAUACCCCAUCAAUCAAAAUAUCAUCCAAUAUUUCAUCAACCACACCAUUUAUAAAAACAUCACCCAAUACCAUAUCAACCACAACAACCACACCAUCACCCAAUGCCACAUCAACCACAACAUCACGUAUUACAUCGCCUUCAUCCGCAAAAAGCUUUACUAUCUUAAACACCUCGAAUAUAGAUCUACUUCCUGCUGCUAACCCAUCAACCUUUACACAAGAAGCACAAACACCCUUGACGUCAGCAACUACAUCCAGCAGUGCAACACAAUCAGGAAGUGCAACUACUCUUAAUUCAGGCACACCAAUGUCAGAAAGAGUUGUGUGCCCUUGCACCUGCUCGUACGCCAGCAACAAACCGCACUUCUACGAAUAUGUACAAAAGAAAGACGCAAUGAGUGAAGACAUCGUGUCUCAUCUGAAAGUCUUGGGGAAAGACCAGUUGGCUCAAAGACGUUUGAAAUUUUCAAUGGAAAAUCAUUCAGUAUCUGAGACAUGUCUAGGAGGCACGACAUUCUUGUUAUGUAUUGGUCUUCUAGUGUUAGGAAUCUGUGCCACAGAUAUAGUCAAAAUGGCUUCCCGCUUCAAGGAGUUGUUAAUCAAUCAUAACAAUAACAUAGUUAAACCAGUCAACGAGUUAAAGUAGAAGACGUCAAAGUAGAAGCUUGGUUUAGGACGUUUGUUUAGGACGUCUUUUGGGACGUAAGUUUAGGAAGUUUGUUUAGGACGUU